ACGAAUAAAAUAGACCAGUUCCCUGCUUUCGGCUACAAAUUUUACAAGUGUAAUAAGAAAAAAAGAAGAAAUAUUACAAAUUCCUGCAGCAAGUGAAAUAGGCAAAUUAUAGGCAAUAGUUAAACAGUAAAUAGAAACAAGCAAAGUAAAAAGAAGUAAGCGAGCUGGAGCAAAGGGUAUAAGGUCGAGGACUCGGCUGUAUGCCAGCAAAGGACAUAAGAGUACGAAUUGAUUAAAGCCUAUACUGAUCAGUCAGAGGAUCCCCCAAAGAUGCUGAGUUCGCUGGACGCGCUGGCCGGCAAAAUAGCCACUGCCACGCCCGGAACGGGGGCGGUGACGGCGGACAGCAAGAACACACAGUCGCUGCACCAUCACCACCGUCUGGACUACGACUAUUCGGCGGUCGAGAUUGAGCCGCCGGCGGAGCAGCUGGCCAACUCGCCGAGGAGCGAGCGGGAGCGGUUGCAGCAGGCCCAGCAGGCCUACGAGCAGCAGGCCCAGGCGGAACUGGAGUUCGGCCUGGCCGAGGUGGACGCCAAGCUGACGCAGCUGAAGAGCAGCCACAGCCUGCAGCACCACCACCACCAGCUGCAGCGCCAUCCGCACCACCAGCUGCACCACCACCAGCCGCCCCACCACCACAACCACCACCACCAUCACCAUCCCUACCAGCGACCCAGGCCCACGUCGCCCCCGCAUCAGCAGCAACAGUCGUCCUCCUACCAGCAGCAACUCAACCAGCUGGCCGCUCUGCAGGAUCACCACGAUCUCCUCCAGUCGCAGCAGGAGCUCUUCCACAAGCAGCUGGCCAACAUGCAGGAGUACCAGCGGGAAAGGGAGCGGGAGCGGGAAAGGGAACGGGAGCGGGAGCGGGACAGGGAGCGCAGCAGCUUUAUCGAUAACAGCGACUACGAUUCGCAGCCGGAGUUCAAAAUUUGCCUGAGGGAUAGUGCUUUUGGUAUGAGCGAUAAGAGCAGCAGUGCAACAAAUAGCCUGCCAAACAGUCCCAUACACAGCAACAACAACAACCCGUCGCUCUUGAACAACAACAACAGCGGCAGCAACAACAGCAAUCCGAGCUUGGGUUGCCCCAGCAACAACAACGCGCUGGUUCCCGUGGGCACCAACGGUAUAAUGUCCGCCGCCGGAUUGGUGAGCAACAACAACAACAACCCGUGCAGCGCCAACCGAAAUGUGGUUGCACUAAUGGAGGACGACCCCUGCUUCCGGUUGGACACGGACGCCACGGUGACCUACGGCGAGAAGGAGCCGGAUCCGGACAACAUCAAGAUGUUCGUCGGCCAGGUGCCCAAGUCGAUGGACGAGUCGCAGCUGCGCGAAAUGUUCGAGGAGUACGGAGCGGUGCACUCGAUCAACGUUCUGAGGGACAAGGCCACCGGAAUUAGCAAGGGUUGCUGUUUUGUGACGUUUUAUACGAGACGCGCCGCCCUGAAAGCCCAGGAUGCUUUGCAUAAUGUUAAGACGCUGAAUGGGAUGUACCACCCCAUUCAAAUGAAACCAGCCGAUAGCGAGAAUCGCAAUGAACGCAAACUUUUUGUGGGAAUGCUAAACAAGAAGCUGAACGAGAACGACGUUCGCAAACUUUUUGAAGUCCACGGAGCCAUCGAGGAGUGCACCGUUCUUCGGGACCAGAACGGCCAGAGCAAAGGUUGUGCCUUCGUCACAUUUGCCACCAAACACGCCGCCAUUUCGGCCAUUAAAGUGACCCUAAGCCAGAACAAGAUCAUGGAGGGCUGCACAUCGCCGCUGGUCGUCAAGUUCGCCGACACGCAGAAGGAGAAGGAGCAGAAGAAGAUCCAGCAGAUCCAGGCCAACCUGUGGAACCUGGCCAGCAACAUCAAUAUUCCGCUGGGGCAGACGGCCACCAGCGUGACCACGCCCAUUCUGCCCAACCCGCCGCAGCAGCCUUCGCCGGUCCUUGGUGCCGAUGCCAUCACCCCGGCCUCCAUCCAACUGCUGCAGCAACUGCAGGCGGUUGGACUGCAGCAGCAGUUGCUCCAAGCCCUCACCGGUCUGGGAGCCCAGCAGAGCAGCUCGGCGACGGACACCAGCGCCGUUGCGGCCGCUGGCCUUUUGACCCCGAUGACCGUCCAGAAUUUGGCGGCCAUUGCGGCCAUGACGCAGCCAAGUCUCUCGAAUGCCGCCGCCGCAGCAGCCGCUGCCUCAUCGCCGGGAAGUGCCCAACUUACCAACACGGCUGCGCUGCUCUGGUCAGAUCCGAAUCCGUUGGCAUCGGCAUAUAUGUCAACAGCCGCCGGUCUACCGCAAUUUGGAAGCGCCAGUGCAUUGUCCACUUCGCCGCUGGCCAGCGUGGCCCUCAGUGCCGCAGCCGCCGCCGCUGCGGGAAAGCAGAUCGAAGGACCCGAGGGCUGCAACCUUUUCAUCUACCAUCUGCCGCAGGAGUUCACCGACACGGAUCUGGCCUCCACGUUCCUGCCCUUCGGCAAUGUGAUCUCGGCCAAGGUGUUCAUCGACAAGCAGACCAGCCUGUCCAAGUGCUUUGGCUUCGUCUCGUUCGACAAUCCGGACUCGGCCCAGGUGGCCAUCAAGGCGAUGAACGGUUUCCAGGUGGGCACCAAGCGCCUCAAGGUGCAGCUGAAGAAGCCCAAGGACUCCAAGCCCUACUAGAGGGCAUUGUCGGAGGAUUCCCACCGUCAGCAGCGAGGUUAUCCGGACACAACGAGUAGAGGAAUAUUGAGAUUUGUGAAAUAUGGAGUAGUCAAUGAAUGAAGAGUAGCCCGUGUAGAGCGCGCGCGUUGCAAGAGUAAACGAAGAUGCGAAUGCCAACGUUGUACGUAUCAUGAAAAACCAAAUACCAGAGCAGAAAAAGACAUGAAUCUGUGCCAAAAAGAGACAGAAUCACUUAUGAUUUAGCACGUUAUAUGUUGAAUUAGAAAAAAAAAACACAAAACCCAAAAAAAAGAAACGAAUAAUACAACUAUUAGACCGUAGUUUAGUUAACUUUCUGUUGAAGUUCCCUUUGAACCCUUACGACUUGUUUUCAUAUUUUUAAACUGUCGUACGAGUUGGUUGAACCAUCGCCUUUUUAUUAAACAUUUUGUACACACUUUCAUGACUCACAAACGAAACAAAAAAUAAAAAAACAAAAAAAAAUACAAGGAUCUGUUCGAGUGUUAGCUUAUAAGUUUUUGAUAUAUCUCAUAAUUUUAUACUCGCUCUUUCUGUUUGAUUUGUUCAUCUCUCAUGUUGCAAGUCACAAUGAAGUUCUUAUUAUAAAUAUAUACCCACAUGAUAUAUAUUCUAGCUAUAGUUACAAGUUACUCGUUCUGUUCAAUGGAUUAUCUCUUUUAUAUAUAAAUAUCUACAUUUAUGCAGAUGUGCAUAAUUAGUUUUUAGUUAUCUGAUUUGUUACACCCCCAAACUAACUUACAUUUUUUAUUUGUACUGAAAAAGGAAAUGUUUUUGUUAACACGCAUUAUAAGUAACACAAUUAUUAUUAUAAUUAGUUGAACAAACAAAUUCACAUACGCUUCUCAGUGUUAAUUAUGCAAUUUGUAAAAAAUAACUAUGCAUACAAAAGACAACAAACCAAAUGAAAUCAAAAAAUGGAAAACUUGUUAUUUA